AUGGCACCUAGUCAAAGGUCUAUAGUGUGGGAACAUUUUAAGAAAACUUCUGACAAGUGUGUUAUUUGCCAAAUAUGUAAAAGAGAAUUUAAAUACCACGGAAAUACAACUAAUUUGAAAGAGCAUUUAAAAAGAAUUCAUCCAGCGCACAUUACACCUGUUUUAAAUAAUGAAGAAGAAUUAGAUUUGAAUCUAUCAGCCAGACCAUCUACUUCUUUUUCAAAUAAUUCCAACAAUAUACAACAAACUGAACCCUGCUUUCCUUUUGCACCUAAACGUUGUCGCCAAUUAAAAUUAUAUGGUUCGACUGAAGGUAACAAUUUAACAGAUGAAGUAAAAAAUUCAAUAGACGAAAGUUUUAUUAAGAUGAUUGUUACUGACUACCAACCUCUAUCCUUAUUUAACAGUUGUCAUUUUAUAUUUGAUGAUCGUCUAUAUUCACCUGUCUUGGCAACUAGAGAAAUGCAUGAAUCUCAUACUGGCGUCAACAUAGCUAAUUUGCUUUCAGAUAUUUUAAAUGAAUGGGGCAUUAAAGAUAAAAUAGUGACUAUAGUCUCGGACAACGGAUCUAAUAUAAAAAACGCUAUAAAUGUACACCUUAGUAAACACCACCAUCCAUGUGUCGCACACACACUCAAUUUAAGUAUUAACGAAGCAAUUUUGUCUAAUAAAGAUUUCCUGGGUGUUUUAAAAAAAUGCCGCACAUUGGUAGGACAUUUUAAACAUAGUGUCUUUGCGUCUGAAAAACUAAAAGAACUGCAAACACAAAUGGGACUUCCUGUAUUAAAAGUAAUACAAGAUGUGAGUACAAGGUGGAAUUCGAGCGUUCAUAUGUUAGAUAGACUUGUACAAAUUAAAGCACCUUUGUCGGCAGCUAUGACAUUUCUUCCCCGUGCACCAGACCUUUUAACUGCACUAGAUUGGGAAUUAAUAACUGAUUGUCUACCGAUAUUAAAACCAUUUGACGUCAUGACAGUUGAGUUAUCUGGUGAAAUAUAUCCAACACUUUCUUCAGUCAUUCCAUUAGUAAGGGGCCUUCAACAUACAUUAAAAAGUAUAAUAACUAAUACAACUGCUGGAAAUGCACUUCAAAAAAUUGUAAUUGAAGUCAUCGAUCCUAGGUUUAAAAAAGCAGGUUUUGGAUUAAUUGAAAAUGCAAAUAAUACCGAAAAACUGCUUAUGGAAGAACUAUCUGAUAUAUUAAAUAAUAAACACCAGGAAGAUACAUGUAGUGUACCUAUCAACAGUAUCAACGUCGAAUCCAAUUCAAGCAUACUUGAAGAAUCAAAUCUUAAAGACGAACAGACUUGUAAUGUAAUGGGAUACCCGCAGUUUUUUGGCGUAUAUUUGAAUAGUUAA